AUGGUUCACCGAUGCUUUGUGAUUGCGUUGUUAGUUUUCGGUGUUUGGAGCUCUGGAGCCAUGGCUCGUGCUAUUGGUGAUGCACCCGUGCAGGCAAAGUUCGAGCAAUGGAUGGCUAAGUAUGGACGACUCUAUAUGGAUGCAACAGAGCAGGAGCGGCGUUUCCAAAUCUUCAAGGACAACUACGAGUAUAUUGAGUCUGUCAAUAGAGCUGGUAAUCUUACUUAUAGGCUCGGUCUCAACCAUUUCGCAGACAUGACCGAUGAGGAGUUCAAGUCCUCUCACCUACGCGCUCAGGUAAAUUCCAGGCGUCCAAAGUCCACGACUGGAAGCUUUCGGUAUGCCAACUUGAACAACUUACCUAAAAGCGUGAAUUGGAUAACCAGUGGUGCAGUCACUAACGCCAAGUCUCAAGGGGGAUGUGGGAGCUGCUGGGCGUUCACUGCUGUAGCUGCCAUCGAAGGGAUCGCUCAAAUCAAGACCGGCAAUUUGAUAACUCUGGCACCGCAACAACUUGUGGACUGUGAUCAUCAUAGCAGUGGAUGCCGCUGGGGAUACCGAGGCAGCGCCUUCUCUUACGUCAUUAGUAAUGGAGGCAUAGCAUCAGAAGUUGAUUACCCUUUCAAAGGAGUU